AUGGCAACCUACGCCAAGGCAAAUGAAGGCGCGUUCGGUAUCGCUGCGUCGCACUGGGCGGAGUGGGUUCUCCGUGGUAAUCAGACCUCGUCAAACUUCUUUGCGGGGGCUGGAACCGGAACUGCGUCUCUCCCAUUCCUGGGAUCUCUUUCAAGUAAUGUCUCGUCGUUGACUGCAGGGGAAUGGACCGAGGUCGAGAUUACGUACACUGUGGGCGGCAGCGGACUUGCUGACGGAGCUUGGAUAAAAGGCACCUUCAAAUUCUAUUCUGAUUGGGCUUUAUUUCAAACGUCAGACUCUACAGGAGACAAUUAUGUAUCAGCAGAAUAUCUGGCCGGACCACUCGUCUCAGGGCAAACACCAGCAACAGUCCAAGAACUCGCCGUGCGCUUCGAUCAAAAGGGUCAUGAACGCCCUUUCCAAAAAGCCGUGAUUAUUGAUAUCGUCGACGGUUACAUGAAUCCCGGCGAUCAAAUCAUUGUCCGGCUAGGUGAUCGUCGAUUUGGUGCCAAAGGGACGCGAACACAAACUUUUGUUGAAGACGACUUUCGAAUGAGGUGGUACAUCGAUCCGGUUGGGACUUCGAGAUUCGCAGCUAUCAAGCCGGACCUGGUCUUUGACAUUCAUAGUGGGCCAAUAAAUCAUCUCAAGGCACAUUCUCCGCGUCUGGUCACACCUGGUACCCCAUUUCCUAUCUAUGUGCACGCAAGAGACUUGUGGGGAAAUGUAACAACGAACCAGGAAGGUUUAUCUCUGAAGUUGACCAUAUUCAACGAUAUUGACCAAGAGCAAUCUCCGGUUGUUGCAGAGGGGACAAUGAUUUCCUCAGUUGGCUGGACGCAUGCUGCGUUCAAAAGCGUCGUCUUGAAAGACGAAGGCGAUUAUACCAUCGAAUUUAUACUGAAAUCUUUGAAAACAAAUUCCGAGUACAGCACCCGAGAACCAAUUUCUGUUUCUACCAGCUCUCUUGUCCCACGGAUCCUUUUUGCCGAUCUCCACGUACACUCGAACGAUACCGUUGGCACGAAUAAUACAGAAUACAACUUCUCCUACGCCCAGAAGAUUGCCGGCCUCGACAUUGUAGGCUAUACAGCCAACGACUUCAAUAUCACCGCCGCCAAAUGGGAAUCCACGCUUUCUCUUAUCCAUACAAUCAACCAAGAGGGCGAGUUCAUCGUGUUCCCGGGAACGGAAUGGUGUGGAAACAGCGCAGCCGGCGGUGACCACAAUGUGGUUUUCCUUGACGAUCCCGUUACGAACCCACCCGAGUUUCCUCUUGACAAGCGGGGCAAUGUAGCACGUAGUUUUGAAUGGAACGAAGACGGUCCCGCAGAAUUGCAACCUGGUACUUGGCCGCUUGACGAACUCUAUGCCACAUAUGCGCAUUCCCCUGAGACACACCUUUUGAUUCCUCACGUGGGAGGUAGGCGUUGUAAUCUGGGGUGGCAUCAUCCCCGAUUGGAGCGGCUGCUGGAAAUUGGAAGUGCGUGGGGUCAAUUCGAGUGGUUGCUUCGGGACGCGGUAAAGAGGGGAUGGAAAAUGGGGGUUUGCGCGAAUUCGGACGAGCAUCGAGGACGUUGUGGUGGCGGAGUUCCAGGAACCGCAGUCUUUGGUACGAAAGGUGGACUCACUGGUGUACUCUCGCAGUCUUUGGACAGGGUUGCGGUAGGAAAGGCUUUGAGAGCGCGGAAUACCUUUGCAACAACUGGCGAGCGACUCGUUGGACUGCUUUCCACGACAUUGAAAGGUUCGCAAGCACGACAAGGAGACGAGGUUGUCUUUGAGGGAGAAACCCAAUCUGCCACGCUGAACUAUGCGUUCUUUGGAGGACGUGGUUUCUCCUCCAUUCAAGCAUAUGACGCUUCUGGCUGCAUUUUCGACCGCGACUUGCAGCACGAGAGAGCGGUUCUUUCCAAUUUGGCACCUUCUUCGUGGAACACCGUUCGAAUCACCUGGGGCGGUGCAAGACUAUAUGAUCGAUACCGAGAAGCCGUUUGGGAUGGCGGUAUACAAUGUGAUAGAGCUGAAAUCUUGGAAAUGCAGCCAUUUGGUGGCGUUUCUGAUGUUCCAGAAGAGGCUAUCUCCCAGAUUGGACCUCAAAGUGUAGCUUUCCAUACACGAACGAGUGGUGACUUUGAUGGUGUGGACUUGUCCUUUGAAGCAGCAUCUCACCCCGAGAAAAUUGUUGUUGCAGGUAAACUGGGAGGGUAUGUGAAAGUGGGUGACGCGCUGAAAGGAAAUCCGCAUAAGGCUCAGCCCAAAUUUGAAUUGGAGGCUAGUUGGGAUGAAGCUCUAAAACCGGGAGGUAAAAAGAUAUAUAUCAAGGGUGGAGCUAACCUAUUCGUGAGAGCCGAGGUUGUACCAAAUGUAACACUCCCAAAACGAGUGGAAGGAUCUUUAGAUCUAGUCCUCAAGAGAAACGCCAGUGGACGUGAUGUGUAUUUUGUUGGUCGGGAAUGGGACGGCGGAAAGGUCAUUACAAGCCCUUUGUUUUUCGUGCCCUCGUGA